AUGCCAAACAUAGUCGUAAUAGGUGCUGGUGUGUCUGGGCUGACCUCUGCCUACCUGCUAUCCAAAGACAAGGCGAACAAGGUUACAAUCCUUGCAAAGCAUAUGCCUGGAGACUAUGACAUUGAGUAUGCGUCUCCAUUUGCCGGUGCCAACGUCGUGCCGAUGGCGUCAAAAGCGAACAGCCGCUGGGAAACACGGACAUGGCCGGAGCUGAAAAGGCUCGCGGUCGAGGUCCCAGAAGCCGGUAUUCAUGAGAUGAAAUCGCGAGUCUACCGUCGCAAGAAAGACCUCCAAGCUCUCAGAGAGCAGAAGCACGCCAUAGACGGGCUUUUUCUUGAGAACCCCUGGUACAAGUCCCUCUUCGACGACUUCAGAGAGCUCUCGCGGGACGAGCUUCCCGAAGACGUGGCGUCGGGGUGUGAGUUUGGCUCAGUAUGUAUCAAUACUGCGAUAUAUCUGGCAUGGCUCGUGGGCCAGUGCCUAGCUAACGGCGUAGUGCUCAAACGCGGUGUCGUGAAGCAUGUAUCAGAAGCCGCUAGCUGGAGCCACACGGGGAAGAAGGCGGAUGUCGUUAUCAACGCCACUGGGCUCAUGGCCAGCAAGCUUGGCGGUGUCAUGGAUCAGAAGAUGGUUCCGGUACGUGGCCAGCUGGUCGUCGUUAGGAACGAAAUUCCCUACAUGACGACCAGGUCAGGCACUGAUGAUGGAGAGGACGAACUGGUCUACACGAUGAUGCGAGCCGCGGGCGGUGGCACGAUCUUGGGGGGCACCUAUCAGAAGGGCCAAUGGGAGAGCCAGCCCGACCCCAACGUGGCAAUGCGAAUCAUGAAGAGGGCCGUGGCGGAGAUGCCGGAGCUGACGCACGGCAAGGGAGUUGAAGGACUCGACAUCAUUCGGCACGCUGUAGGACUGCGUCCCUGGAGAGAAGGCGGAGUCAGGAUCGAAAAGGAGAAUAUGGAUGGCACGUGGGUUGUUCACAAUUACGGCCACGCUGGCUGGGGCUACCAGGGAAGUUUCGGUUGUGCUGAAAGGGUCGUCGAGUUGGUCCACGAGAUCCAGGCUCGUGCAAAGCUAUAG